GCUUUGAUAAUGUAAUAUUACUAAUAUAUUGAUUAGCACGCACUUCGAGAACUGAUUGGUGAUCUCAUCUGUUUAUAUUGUUCUGGGAUUGAAACAGAAACAGACAUUCCUUUUCAGUUUCACAGUCAUGGAGGUGUCUUUGCAAGCUCAUAGGCCACUCAGUUGCAGAACUGUGUUCCAAGACAGAAGAACCAAUCUCAAUCUCAAGCUCAAACCAGUUACUGGGUUUUGUCCUCAUGGAAGAUAUUCUUCAUGGUUCAAAGGGGACCUGACAAGUGGGGUUUCAUGUAAAAUUACUGCCAGUUCAGCUGAUUUUUCUAGGAGGAGACAGAGAAAAGUGUCGAGUUCAAGGCCUAAUGGCCCUGGUCCAAAGGCAAUAGUUCCCAAAACUCCAGUAGAGACUAACAUCCCGAAAACAAAUCAAAGAAAUACUGGAGACAAAAAGGGUAUGGUGUCUUCUACAGCCAGUGUAACUGGGCCGAAAGUUGAUGUAAAGAGAAUUGAUGAAACUAGUCGUAAAGUUGAGGAUUCUUCAUCACUUAGCAAAACAUCAGCUAUAGGUAGAAGCAUUCAAGAGGUAGAGAAUGGGAGUACAUAUAAAGGCAUUACUAUUGAUAAGAAAUUAUCUGAUGAAGCUUCUUUGAAGUUGAAGUUGGAGAUGGAAGAAAAACAACGUAUGCAGGAGAUUGAGAUGUUAGCUGAGGAAAACUUCUCAAAAGGGAACAAGCUAUUUGUCUAUCCUCAAGUGGUGAAACCUGAUCAACAUAUAGAAGUGUUUCUAAAUAGAAGUCUUUCCACCCUAAACAGUGAAGAUGAGGUAGUCAUGAUGGGGGCCUUUAAUGAAUGGCGCUGGAAAUCUUUUACCUUUCGGUUGAUCAGAACAAAUCUCAAAGGGGAUUGGUGGUCUUGUCAAUUUCACGUACCUGUCGAAGCAUAUAAGAUAGAUUUUGUAUUCUUCAAUGGAAAAGACGUCUAUGACAAUAAUGAUGAGAAGGAUUUCUGCAUAGAUAUAGAAAGUGGAAUGGACGCCUUUGCAUUUGAAGAUUUCUUACUUGAGGAGAAGUGUAAAGAACUCAAGAAACUUGCAGAGGAGCAAGCUGAGAGGGAAAGGCAAGCGGAAGAGCAGAGGCGAAUCGAAGCAGAGAGGGCAGCAAGAGAAGCUGACAGAGCAGAGGCAAAGGCAGAGAUUGAUAGGAGACGGAAAUUGGUGCAAGAAUUGACAAAAAAGGCAGUAAGGUCUGUUCCGGAUGUUUGGUACAUAGAACCUAGUAAGUUUAAAGGUGAGGACUUGGUUAGGUUGUAUUAUAACCGAAGCUCAGGUCCUCUUGCUAAUGCUAAGGAACUAUGGGUUCAUGGGGGACAUAAUGGUUGGAGUGCUGGCUUAUCAAUUAUUGAAAGUCUUGUUAGGUCUGAGGAAAAGGAAGGUGACUGGUGGUAUGCCAAAGUUAUUGUACCUGAGCAAGCUGUUGUAUUGGAUUGGGUGUUUGCUGAUGGACCACCUCAGAAUGCCACUGUAUAUGAUAACAACCAUCGCCAUGAUUUCCAUGCUAUUGUUCCGAAGUCCAUUCCUGAGGAACAAUAUUGGGUUGAAGAAGAACACCAGAUCUGUAGGAAACUCCAGGAGGAGAGGAGAUUAAGGGAGGAAGCCUUAUGUGCCAAGGCCAAGAAAACUGCAGUUAUGAAAGCAGAAAUGAAGGAACGAACUAUGAGAAGGUACCUGCUGUCUCAAAAGCAUAUAGUCUACACUGAGCCUCUUGAUGUCCAAGCCGGAAGCAUGGCGACUAUUUUCAACAAUCCUGCCAAUACUGUUCUGAAUGGAAAGCCUGAGGUUUGGUUCAGAUGCUCCUUUAACCAUUGGGCCCACCACAGUGGUCCCCUGCCACCACAGAAAAUGGUUCCUGCAGAGAAUGGUACCCAUGUCAAAGCCACUGUUAUGGUUCCACAAGAUGCAUACGUGAUGGACUUUGUCUUUUCUGAGAGUGAAGAAGGUGGACUUUUUGACAACAAGAAUGGAAUGGAUUAUCACAUUCCAGUGUUUGGAGGAGUUUCAAAGGAGUCACCAAUGCACAUUGUGCAUAUUACUGUUGAAAUGGCACCAAUUGCAAAGGUCGGAGGCCUUGGUGACGUGGUUACCAGUCUAUCUCGAGCUGUGCAGGACUUAAAUCACCAUGUCGAUGUCAUUCUUCCCAAGUAUGAUUGCCUGAACCUUAGCAAUGUUAAUGAAUUCCAGUAUAACAGAAGCUUCUCUUGGGGUGGUACUGAAAUCAAAGUUUGGUUUGGGAAAGUGGAAGGAGUUUCAGUCUACUUCCUGGAACCUCAAAAUGGACUGUUUUAUACAGGUUGUAUAUAUGGUUGUAAGAAUGAUGCAGAGAGAUUUGGUUUCUUUUGCCAUGCCGCUCUAGAAUAUCUACUCCAAAGUGGAUCCCAUCCUGAUAUCAUUCAUUGCCAUGAUUGGUCUAGUGCACCUGUUGCCUGGUUAUAUAAAGAUCACUACGUUCAUUAUGGUCUUAGUAAAGCUCGCAUCGUCUUCACAAUUCAUAAUCUUGAAUUUGGAGCGCACUAUAUUGGAAAAGCUGUGGCAUACUCAGACAAGUCCACUACUGUAUCACAAACAUAUUCUAAGGAGAUUGCUAGAAAUCCUGCAGUAGCUCCACACCUUUAUAAGUUCCAUGGCAUACUAAAUGGAAUUGACCAAGAUAUAUGGGACCCGUACAAUGAUGCAUUCCUACCUAUAUCAUAUACUUCUGAAAAUGUCGUUGAAGGCAAACAAGCUGCAAAGGAAGCCUUGCAACAAAGGCUUGGUCUGAAAACAGCAGAUCUCCCGGUAGUAGGUAUUAUUACUCGUUUAACUCAGCAGAAAGGAAUCCAUCUUAUCAAGCAUGCAAUAUGGCGUACCUUGGAACGCAAUGGACAGGUUGUAUUACUUGGUUCAGCUCCAGAUCCUCGUAUUCAAAAUGAGUUUGUGAAUUUAGCCAAUCAAUUACAUUCUUCUCAUGGUGAUCGUGCUCGUCUUUGUUUGACUUAUGAUGAGCCACUCUCACAUUUGAUAUACGCUGGUUCUGAUUUCAUCCUAGUUCCUUCAAUAUUCGAGCCGUGUGGACUGACCCAACUUGUAGCAAUGAGAUACGGGUCCAUACCUGUUGUUCGAAAAACUGGAGGGCUCUAUGACACUGUAUUUGAUGUUGACCAUGAUAAAGAGAGAGCCGAGGCACAGGGCCUUGAACCAAAUGGGUUCAGUUUUGACGGAGCUGAUGCUGCAGGUGUUGAUUAUGCUCUAAAUAGAGCUAUAACUGCCUGGUAUGGUGGUCGGGAUUGGUUCAACUCGUUGUGCAAGAUAGUGAUGGAGCAAGAUUGGUCUUGGAAUCGGCCAGCUCUCGAUUAUAUGGAGCUAUAUCACGCAGCUCGGAAGUGAAGAAUAGAAACUUGAAACUGCAGGAUAGUAUUGUACAGGUUAUACUGUAGAUUAUUUUUCUGUUUCAACAGCUUACCUAGCUGCAUAUAGUUCCACCACAGUGAAAUAAUGCUAAAAGAUGUCUUGUAGAGCUGACAAAUGGUUCAUUCAAAGUUCCAAACCAUGUUUUCUGUUGAAUAUGUUAAUAUGACAUCAGUUGUACAGCAUUCUCUA